CGUGUGUACAGCGGUCUCGGGUGGAAUGUUUGUUGAUGUACAGCUAUAAGUAGAAACGUAUCAAAAUUACUGUUCUAAUAUAUAUUUAUCGGAGUAAUGUUGAAAUCAAAAACUUUCGUAAAGAAAACCCGAUCAGGCGGGAUUAUGAAAAUAGUGCGUGAGCACUACCUGCGAGACGAUAUUUGGUGCGGAAGUGAAGUUUGUACUGAAUGCAAUCAAGAAGAGUCUGUGUUGCAGAAAGACGCUUGCAUUGAAAGCAACUUGUGUUCUUUCCCCCACUAUCUGCUCCCAGACACAAAUGUUGUGUUGAGCCAGGUAAGUUACUGUGCAAUAAUGUCUAACGUAAACAUUUUAUUAUUUAUUUUAUUAUUGUUAUUAACAAAUCAAUACAAAAAGUACAUGUCUAACGUAAACGCUAGCUAGCUAUGCCAACCGCAUCACUACAGUUUAGAUGUCUGACACGCCUCUCUAGUGAAAGUGUGAACCACACUUAUCUAGCUCAGGGUUUCCCAAACUCGAUCCUUUCAGGUGUCACAUUCUACCUUGCUGAAUCAAUAUCAAUGUCCCUUUAAUGUCUGUAGAUUGAUAUCCUGGAGGAUCCCUUGAUCAAGAACGUGAUCAUUCUGCAGACUGUACUCCAAGAGGUCCGCCACAGGAGCGCUCCCAUCUACAAGCGAUUGAAAGACAUCCUUCAUGACAAGGAAAAACGCUUUUACACUUUCACUAACGAACAUCACAGGUAGAAAAUAAAUAUGAGUUUAGCCUAGAUAAGUGACUAGCUGUCAUUUAUGUUUUGUAGUGAUUUAAGGGGGUGCAGCCUAACUUGGUUUUGGGGUUAUCCCACCACUGACACCAAUGUAGCAAUUGACUGCGAUAAGUUGGAGCAAGACUAAAGGCGUCUGCAUGCUACCCAGCCGAGAGUUUGUGCAUAUAUUAUGACAACAUUUUGUGACGUUUUUGUUUGUUUUGGACUUUGGCAAGGGUUUUCUAAGCUGUUCGGGCACACAUUUAUUUUCUCGAAGCAAGCCAAAGGCUACGCCCCCCUCAUUGCUGAUUGGUUAACAGUAGGGAUUCUUCAAUGAAGUGCCUGUUGUCAUUCAACGAGAGACAACUCGUCCUCAUGCUAAGUUUUUCACUUGAGAAAUACUGCACCAAAUAUCCUAAUCAGAUGCAAAAGUGCGCAACUAAGAUCUAGGCAAAAACGUCAAACAGAUUUCUUGAGUUAUCUAGAUUAAUUCUGACUAUUUUGAGGAAGUGUUGACUGGCUACGGCGUCUCAAAGUGGACAAACAGUACUAGUGGCGCUUUUUAUUCUUGUUUUUCAAGCAAAGGUCUUUUUAAGUAUGCGAGCACACUCGUUCUGCUAACCGAGCUCGGCUAGGCGCCAGCCGAACUGAAGCAUGCUGACGCCUUAACUGUCCAUCGCAUUUGUGACUGAUCAAUGCUUUUCAAAGCCAUGUAUGGUUGUAUUCUUCUGUUACAGAGAAACUUAUAUAGAGAGAGAGCAGGGGGAAAGCGCCAACGAUCGUAAUGACAGAGCCAUCCGCGUAUCUACAAAGUGGUACAGUGAUCACCUGAAAAACACCCCCACGGACGAGGGGUUAAAGGUUGUUCUGCUGACCAAUGACCGGGGCAACAAGGAGAAAGCAGAGGAGUCCGGCCUGCUCACAUACAGAUGUAAGAAACAGCACACCUCUGUUACCUCAAUACACCAAGAUGAGACCACUGUUCUUGUCUUUAAUAUCACAAUAUCUGUUACCUCAAUACACCAAGAUGAGACCACUGUUCUUGUCUUUAAUAUCACAAUAUCUGUUACCUCAAUACACCAAGAUGAGACCACUGUUCUUGUCUUUAAUAUCACAAUAUCUGUUACCUUUAUACACCAAGAUGAGACCACUGUUCUUGUCUUUAAUAUCACAAUAUCUGUUACCUCAAUACACCAAGAUGAGACCACUGUUCUUGUCUUUAAUAUCACAAUAUCUGUUACCUCAAUACACCAAGAUGAGACCACUGUUCUUGUCUUUAAUAUCACAAUAUCUGUUACCUCAAUACACCAAGAUGAGACCACUGUUCUUGUCUUUAAUAUCACAAUAUCUGUUACCUUUAUACACCAAGAUGAGACCACUGUUCUUGUCUUUAAUAUCACAAUAUCUGUUACCUCAAUAUACCAAGAUGAGACCACUGUUCUUGUCUUUAAUAUCACAAUAUCUGUUACCUCAAUACACCAAGAUGAGACCACUGUUCUCGUCUUUAAUAUCAAAAUAUCUGUUACCUCAAUACACCAAGAUGAGACCACUGUUCUCGUCUUUAACCUUAAUCACAAUAUCGGUUACCUCAAUACACCAAGAUGAGACCACUGUUCUCGUCUUUAAUAUCACAAUAUCUGUUACCUCAAUACACCAAGAUGAGACCACUGUUCUUGUCUUUAAUAUCACAAUAUCUGUUACCUCAAUACACCAAGAUGAGACCACUGUUCUUGUCUUUAAUAUCACAAUAUCUGUUACCUCAAUACACCAAGAUGAGACCACUGUUCUCGUAUUUAACCUUAAUCACAAGGUCACAGUACUACAUGUGUUAAACAUGUCUACUACAUGUUGACUUUAGAAGAGACCAUCUUCAUCCAUCCUCUGUUCCACACAGGUGAGGAGUACGUCAAGAGUCUGAUAGCCAACCCUGAGCUGGUGGAUCGACUGGCGUUGACCAACGAUGACAAGGUAACUAAUAUCUGCAGCAAUAUCACAUUUACACAAAUGUACUUUCUACAGCAGCCAUUUAGAUUCAUAAAGAAAGUUAGAUCUGCGUAUUCAUAGAGAAAGUUAGAUCUGCAUAUUCAUAGAGAAAGUUAGAUCUGCAUAUUCAUAGAGAAAGUUAGAUCCGCAUAUUCAUAGAUAAAGUUAGAUCUGCGUAUUCAUAGAGAAAGUUAGAUCUGCGUAUUCAUAGAGAAAGUUAGAUCUGCGUAUUCAUAGAGAAAGUUAGAUCUGCAUAUUCAUGGUUAUUCAUUUAAUUGAUCCCGUUCACCCCUCCCCCCCCCCAGAAUGAGAUCACCAGCAGCAGGGUGAUGUUCCCGGAGCACCUGCCCCUGUCUAGGAUCCAGUCUGGGAUUAAGAGUGGAACCUUCCAACAGGGAACGUUCCGGGCUAGCAGAGACAACUACCUGGAGGCUACUGUGUUCGUCCACAGAGAAGGAGAUGACAGUACAGAGGUCAGUGCUCCUGAAGCAUAGCUCAUGUUAUUGUGUGGAUUCUGGGCUUGCAACCUGCCAUAGAAGUAUGGAACAUUCUUGAAGUCCUCCAAGAGUUGCUGAAUAUUUCCUAAUCUUUAGUUAACUCCUCUGUUCAUGUACAGUGGGGAAAACAAGUAUUUAGUCAGCCACCAAUUGUGCAAGUUCUCCCACUUAAAAAGAUGAGAGGCCUGUAAUUUUCAUCAUAGGUACACGUCAACUAUGACAGACAAAAUGAGAGAAAAAAAUCCAGAAAAUCACAUUGUAGGAUUUUUUAUGAAUUUAUUUGCAAAUUAUGGUGGAAAAUAAGUAUUUGGUCAAUAACAAAAGUUUCUCAAUACUUUGUUAUAUACCCUUUGUUGGCAAUGACACAGGUCAAACAGCCACUCCAGGACCUUGAAAUGCUUCUUACGAAGCCACUCCUUCGUUGCCCCGGGCGGUGUGUUUUGGGAUCAUUGUCAUGCUGAAAGACCCAGCCACGUUUCAUCUUCAAUGCCCUUGCUGAUGGAAGGAGGUUUUCACUCAAAUCUCACGAUACAUGGCCCCAUUCAUUCUUUCCUCUACACGGAUCAGUCGUCCUGGUCCCUUUGCAGAAAAACAGCCCCAAAGCAUGAUGUUUCCACCCCCAUGCUUCACAGUAGGUAUGGUGUUCUUUGGAUGCAACUCAGCAUUCUUUGUCCUCCAAACACGAUGAGUUGAGUUUUUACCAAAAAGUUAUAUUUUGGUUUCAUCUGACCAUAUGACAUUCUCCCAAUCCUCUUCUGGAUCAUCCAAAUGCACUCUAGCAAACUUCAGACGGGCCUGGACAUGUACUGGCUUAAGCAGGGGGACACGUCUGGCACUGCAGGAUUUGAGUCCCUAGCGGCGUAGUGUGUUACUGAUGGUAGGCUUUGUUACUUUGGUCCCAGCUCUCUGCAGGUCAUUCACCGUGUGGUUCUGGGAUUUUUUCUCACCGUUCUUGUGAUCAUUUUGACCCCACGGGGUGAGAUCUUGCGUGGAGCCCCAGAUCGAGGGAGGUUAUCAGUGGUCUUGUAUGUCUUCCAUUUCCUAAUAAUUGCUCCCACAGUUGAUUUCUUCAAACCAAGCUGCUUACCUAUUGCAGAUUCAGUCUUCCCAGCCUGGUGCAGGUCUACAAUUUUGUUUCUGGUGUCCUUUGACAGCUCUUUGAUCUUGGCCAUAGUGGAGUUUGGAGUGUGACUGUUUGAGGUUGUGGACAGGUGUCUUUUAUACUGAUAACAAGUUCAAACAGGUGCCAUUAAUACAGGUAACGAGUGGACAGAGGAGCCUCUUAAAGAAGAAGUUACAGGUCUGUGAGAGCCAGAAAUCUUGCUUGUUUGUAGGUGACCAAAUACUUAUUUUCCACCAUAAUUUGCAAAUAAAUUCAUUAAAAAUCCUACAAUGUGAUUUUCUAAAUUUGUGUGUCAUAGUUGACGUGUACCUAUGAUGAAAAUUACAGGUCUCUCAUCUUUUUAAGUGGGAGAACUUGCACAAUUGGUGGCUGACUAAAUACAUUUUUUCCCCACUGUACCUUGUUUGGAAAGCGAGUUAUCAACAGUAUUAUUUUGUGGAGUGGAGAAUGUUUUGAUGCUGUUCUGAGUGCCAGCUGGUGAGAUGGGGAUGAGUGAUUGAUUGGAUGGGAAAUGUAAACAAAGCAGCGUGGGUUACCAUGGUAACACUUCCUCUUCCUGUCCCGCCCCUCAGGUUCUGAUCCAAGGCCUACAGAACUUGAACAGGGCUGUCCAUCAGGAUGUGGUUGCUGUGGAGAUCCUGCCUCUGAACCAAUGGGUGGCUCCGUCCUCUGUGGUGCUGCAGGACGAGGGGCCCAAGGAGGAUGAUGUCACAGAGGAGGAGGAGGCAGAGUUGAAGAGGGGUCUGUCUGGGUCGGAGUCACGGAAACCCACAGGCAGAGUGGUGGGCAUCAUCAAGAGGAACUGGAGACCCUUCUGUGGCAUGCUCUUCCUGUCCCAAAUCAAAGAGGUAACUAGCCUAACUAACGUCACCUCACUCUGCUCUGUCAAUCAGUAAAUCAAUCAAAUCCUUCAGAAAUCGUACAUGAGUAUUUCUUCAUAUAGAUGCAUAUACCACCAUGCUUUGGUUUCUCUUGUGAUUAUUUGUUGUCUGUGGUACUUGUUUUGUGCUAACGAAUGUGGAGAAGACCAAAGAUAUCUCAUAGUUAGUGGUCUCUUAUACCCCUUCCUCCUUCCCAGGCGACCCGUCACCUCUUCACCCCAGCUGACCGUUGUAUCCCCAGGAUCCGCAUCGAGACCCGCCAGGCGGCCACGUUGGCAGGACAGAGGAUCAUGGUGGCUAUCGACGGCUGGCCCAAGCACUCCAGAUACCCCAAUGUACGUGUCUGUCCCAGGUGCUCUUUAUUGCAGUUGGGCGGCUCAGAUUAUCGGAUAUCAUAAUCGGUUAUCCGUGCCUGGAGAAGUGUAUGGUGUACAUGAGAUGUGCAGCGCGACUGCAGUAAAGAGGACCUGGAACGCACCUCAGUCAGAGUCAAACACUGAUCUCUCUUUCUCUCAUUGAGGGACUAGCAGAGACGAGACACCAUUCUCUCCUCACCCUCCCUCCCUCUCUCCUUCUCUCAGGGUCAUUUUGUUCGUAGCCUGGGCAGUGCAGGGGACAAGGAGACAGAGACGGAGGUUCUACUGCUGGAGCAUGAUGUCCCACACCAGGACUUCUCACAGGCCGUCCUCAGUUUCCUCCCCAAGAUGCCCUGGAACAUCACAGAGGAGGUAACUGCACCGCACAGGGGUCCUGUUAUGGUGGCCAUUUUGUGUCAAGACAUAUAUCAAUGGUUGUUAGCUGGUGGCUACGUUGUUGUAGCUAUACCAAUCAACAAUUUGGUAACACUACUUAAAGCCUGUUGGUAUAAUGCAUUAUGGCGUGGUUAUAAUACGUUAUAAAGGCUCAUAACAUGCUUAUAACGGGUAAUAAUGCAUCCCUAAACCUUAUUUCCCCUUCUCUCAGGACAUGGCUGUGAGAGAGGACCUGAGGAACCUGACAGUCUGCAGUGUGGAUCCUCCUGGCUGUACUGACAUAGAUGAUGCUCUGCACUGUAGAGACCUGGCCAAUGGGAACCAAGAGGUAGGACCCUGCUGGACUAACACACAGUUUACCACAACGUUUUAUUUGAUGGAUGAAUGUUUGGAUGAGGUAACAUAAUCCAUUUUGGAUGAGGUAACACAAUCAAUUGAAUUGGUAAUAGGAUCGAACAGAAUUGAAAGUUGAGAAGUCAUCAUGCGUGUUUCUUUUUGGGUUGAAGGUUGGUGUCCACAUUGCUGAUGUGAGCCACUUCAUACGGCCAGGCAACGCCAUGGACCUGGAGGCAGCGAACAGAGGGACUACAGUCUACCUGACUGGAGGGUAGGAGCCCACCUGGCCACCUGUACCAUCACAUAGUAACCUUGAUGAACCCUAGGAGGCCACCUGUCCACCUGUACCAUCACAUAGUAACCUUGAUGAACCCUAGGAGGCCACCUGUCCAACUGUACCAUCACAUAGUAACCUUGAUGAACCCUAGGAGGCCACCUGUCCACCUGUACCAUCACUAGUCAACCUUGUGAUGGAGCCACUUCCAUACGGCAUCACAUAGGAACUUAUGAACCCUAUACUCUUUUGGCCCCUGCACCUUACCAAUCACACCUUAUCUAUCCCUAUAUAAGAUGACCACUACUUUUGGUGCAUCUUAAAUGGCACCCUAUUCCCUAUAUAGUGCACUACUUUUGACCAGAGGCCCGGUAAAGUAGUCAUAUAGGGAAUAGGGUGCCAUUUCAGAAAUACCUGAGUCUUUUGUUGUUAACACAGCUGAUUGUCUUCCACAGAGGAUCGACAUGGUUCCUGAACUGCUGAGCUCUAACCUGUGUUCCCUACGGUCCAAUGUGGAGAGGUCAGUACUGUAAUACCUCUUUAAGACAGACAGUAUCAUACUUGCUUUUUUUGUCAUCCUUCAACAACAAAAAAGUGUAUUUGUUUAUUUUUAAAGCCAUUAGUGAUGUUCGUGGUCUCCUCUCUGUAGGCUGGCCUUCUCUUGUAUAUGGGAGAUCAACGACAAGGCUGAGAUAGUUAAGACCAGAUUCACUAAAAGUGUCAUCAACUCCAAGGUAGGGGGAGAGUAAACUCACGCAUUUGACAAUGUAAGAGUUGUGAUUGAGACAAUGUAAGACUUACAAUUUCCCCUCAGGGAUCAAUAAAGUUGAUUGAAUUGAAUGAUUAUUCUUCCUCCAGGCCUCCCUGACGUACGCUGAGGCCCAGAUGAGGAUUGAUGACACCAACAUGAAUGAUGACACCACCAAGAGCUUACGAGGCCUGAACAGACUAGCCAAGAUCCUGAAGAAACAGAGGAUAGAGAAAGGGUAAGAGGUUACGAGGCCUGAACAGACUAGCCAGGAUCCUGAAGAGACAGAGGAUAGAGAAAUGGUAAGAGGUUAUGAGGCCUGAACAGACUAGCCAGGAUCCUGAAGAGACAGAGGAUAGAGAAAUGGUAAGAGGUUACGAGGCCUGAACAGACUAGCCAGGAUCCUGAAGAGACAGAGGAUAGAGAAAUGGUAAGAGGUUAUGAGGCCUGAACUGACUAGCCAGGAUCCUGAAGAGAUGGAGGAUAGAGAAAGGUAAGAGGUUAUGAGGCCUGAACUGACUAGCCAGGACCCUGAAGAGACCAAGGAUAGAGAAAGGGUAUGUGAUGUCUGUAGUUGAUAACCUUUCCCCCAACUGUUGAAAGAGAUGGAUCGUUAGAACUGUGGCAGAUUGAUGUAUUCCAAAAGUGAAUAGUUGGUUGAUGGAUUGAUUGUUUAUUGAUCUCGUUGCUAGUCUCAUUAAUCUAUAUGUUUACUCUGUUUGGAAUGUAUAAAUACAUGUCUUUGUAGGUGCUCUAACUCUAACGUGGUGGUUUCUGUUCUGUGUUUCAGUGCGUUGACUCUCUCCUCGCCCGAGGUUCGCUUCCACAUCGACAGUGAGACUCACGACCCCAUAGACCUACAGACCAAGGAGCUCAAGUACGUUGUUAGGCUUUUAGAAUAUAGAAUUUAAAAUAAGGUUCUAUUCAUGGUGCUUGAAACUGUGCUGUCGUUUUGACCCUGACUAAAGGGGUUUAAACUUCAACAAGUUCAACUGAAUUUACAUGAAUAUUGUCAAGCUUUUGUGACCUGUCAAAGCAUCAUUCUGUUUCCAGUUUUACAUUGUCACUUGGUCAUAAAACCCAGCAGUAGGUCUGUGCCUCUGCUCAUAGACUUAACUUGAUGUCCACGCUGUAUCGGUGUGUUCAAAUUCAAAGAACUUUAUUGUUCCCCAGGGAGACCAACUCGAUGGUGGAGGAGUUCAUGUUGCUGGCCAACAUCUCAGUAGCUCAGAAGAUUUAUGAUGAGUUCUCAGAGUGUGCUCUUCUCAGGAAGCACCCCGCCCCUCCUCCAUCUAACUAUGACAUCCUCAACAAGGCUGCCAAGUCUAAGGUACAUCUAUAUAUUCAGACAACAUCUGAAACAAGUCUAAGGUACACCUAUAUAUUCAGACUGACCAGACAACAUCUAAAACAAGUCUAAGGUACAUCUAUAUAUUCAGACUGACCAGACAACAUCUAAAACAAGUCUAAGGUACACCUAUAUAUUCAGACUGACCAGACAACAUCUAAAACAAGUCAAAGGUACACCUACAGUGAGGGAAAAAAAGUAUUUGAUCCCCUGAUGAUUUUGUACGUUUGCCCACUGACAAAGACAUGAUCCGUCUAUAAUUUUAAUGGUAGGUUUAUUUGAACAGUGAGAGACAGAAUAACAACAAAAAAAUCCAGAAAAACGCAUGUCAAAAAUGUUAUAAAUUGAUUUGCAUUUUAAUGAGGGAAAUAAUUAUUUGACCCCUCUGCAAAACAUGACUUAGUACUUGGUGGCAAAACCCUUGUUGGCAAUCACAGAGGUUAGACGUUUCUUGUAGUUGGCCACCAGGUUUGCACACAUCUCAGGAGGGAUUUUGUCCCACUCCUCUUUGCAGAUCUUCUCCAAGUCAUUAAGGUUUCGAGCCUGACGUUUGGCAACACAAACCUUCAGCUCCCUCCACAGAUUUUCUAUGGGAUUAAGGUCUGGAGACUGGCUAGGCCACUCCAGGACCUUAAUGUGCUUCUUCUUGAGCCACUCCUUUGUUGCCUUGGCCGUGUGUUUUAGGUCAUUGUCAUGCUGGAAUACCCAUCCACGACCCAUUUUCAAUGCCCUGGCUGAGGGAAGGAGGUUCUCACCCAAGAUUUGACGGUACAUGGCCCCGUCCAUCGUCCCUUUGAUGCGGUGAAGUUGUCCUGUCCCCUUAGCAGAAAAACACCCCCAAAGCAUAAUGUUUCCACCUCCAUGUUUGACGGUGGGGAUGGUGUUCUUGGGGUCAUAGGCAGCAUUCCUCCUCCUCCAAACACGGCGAGUUGAGUUGAUGCCAAAGAGCUCCAUUUUGGUCUCAUCUGACCACAACACUUUCACUCAGUUCUCCUCUGAAUCAUUCAGAUGUUCAUUGGCAAACUUCAGACGGGCAUGUAUAUGUGCUUUCUUGAGCAGGGGGACCUUGCGGGCGCUGCAGGAUUUCAUUCCUUCACGGCGUAGUGUGUUACCAAUUGUUUUCUUGGUGACUAUGGUCCCAGCUGCCUAGAGGUCAUUGACAAUAUCCUCCCGUGUAGUUCUGGGCUGAUUCCUCACCGUUCUCAUGAUCAUUGCAACUCCACAAGGUGAGAUCUUGCAUGGAGCCCCAGGCCGAGGGAGAUUGACAGUUAUUUUGUGUUUCUUUCAUUUGCGAAUAAUCGCACCAACUGUUGUCACCUUCUCACCAAGCUGCUUGGCGAUGGUCUUGUAGCCCAUUCCAGCCUUGUGUAGGUCUACAAUCUUGUCCCUGACAUCCUUGGAGAGCUGUUUGGUCUUGGCCAUGCUGGAGAGUUUGGAAUCUGAUUGAUUGAUUGCUUCUGUGGACAGGUGUCUUUUAUACAGGUAACAAGCUGAGAUUAGGAGCACUCCCUUUAAGAGUGUGCUCCUAAUCUCAGCUCGUUACCUGUAUAAAAUACAACUGGUAGCCAGAAAUCUUUCUGAUUGAGAGGGGGUCAAAUACUUAUUUCCCUCAUUAAAAUGCAAAUCAAUUUAUAACAUUUUUGACAUGCGUUUUUCUGGAUGUUUUUGUUGUUAUUCUGUCUCUCACUGUUCAAAUAAACCUACCAUUAAAAUUAUAGACUGAUCAUUUCUUUGUCAGUGGGCAAACAUACAAAAUCAGCAGGGGAUCAAAUACUUUUUUCCCUCACUGUAUAUAUUCAGACAGACCAGACAACAUCUAAAACAAGUCUAAGGUACAUCUAUAGACCAAACAGCUAGCUAAAACAGUUUUAAUAAGACUUGAUAUUUUUCCAGGACAAUUGUUCCUAUCUGGGUCGAAGGACUGACAAUAAAAAGGGACUGACGUAGAACCUUGGAUAGAUAUAAAUAUUUACAACAAAUAAAGUGUGAUUGUCCCCCCUCCGUUUCCCUAUUAUUCCAGUUUCUGACGUAGAUGUAAUGUAGCCCUAACAUUGUCCCCCCCCUGACGUGGAUGUAAUGUAGCCCUAACAUUGUCCCCCCCCCCAACAUGGAUGUAAUGUAUCCCUAACAUUGUCCCCCCCCCCUGACUGGAUGUAAUGUAGCCCUAACCAUUGUCCCCCCCCCCCCCCCCGUCGUGGAUGUAAUGUAGCCCUAACAUUGUCCCCCCCUGACAUGGAUGUAAUGUAGCCCUAACAUUGUCCCCCCCCCUGACAUGGAUGUAAUGUAGCCCUAACAUUGUCCCCCCCUGACAUGGAGUGUAAUGUGCCCUAAACAUUGUCCCCCCCCUGACAUGGAUGUAUGUAGCCCUAACAUUGUUCCCCCCCCCAACAUGGAUGUAAUGUUAGCCCUAACAUUGUCCCCCCCCCCUGACAUGGAUGUAUUAGCCCUAACAUUGUCCCCCCCCCCCUGACAUGGAUGUAAUGUAGCCCUAACAUUGUCCCCCCCCCUGCAUGGAUGUAAUGUAGCCCUAACAUUGUCCCCCCCCUGACAUGGAUGUAAUGUAGCCCUAACAUUGUCCCCCCGUCCCCCCUCUGACAUGGAUGUAAUGUAGCCCUAACAUUGUUCCCCCCCCCUGACAUGGAUGUAAUGUAGCCCUAACAUUGUCCCCCCCCCUACAUGGAUGUAAUGUAGCCCUAACAUUGUCCUCCCCCCCAACAUGGAUGUAAUGUAGCCCUAACAUUGUCCCCCCCCCCAACAUGGAUGUAAUGUAGCCCUAACAUUGUUCCCCCCCCCGUGGAUGUAAUGUAGCCCUAACAUUGUCCCCCCCCCUGACAUGGAUGUAAUGUAGCCCUAACAUUGUCCCCCCCCCAACAUGGAUGUAAUGUAGCCCUAACAUUGUCCCCCCCCCUGACAUGGAUGUAAUGUAGCCCUAACAUUGUUCCCCCCCUGACAUGGAUGUAAUGUAGCCCUAACAUUGUCCCCCCCCCAACAUGGAUGUAAUGUAGCCCUAACAUUGUCCCCCCCCCUGACAUGGAUGUAAUGUAGCCCUAACAUUGUUCCCCCCCCCUGACAUGGAUGUAAUGUAGCCCUAACAUUGUCCCCCCCUGACAUGGAUGUAAUGUAGCCCUAACAUUGUCCCCCCCCCCAACAUGGAUGUAAUGUAGCCCUAACAUUGUCCCCCCCCCUGACAUGGAUGUAAUGUAGCCCUAACAUUGUGUCCCCCCCCCCGACAUGGAUGUAAUGUAGCCCUAACAUUGUCCCCCCCCCAACAUGGAUGUAAUGUAGCCCUAACAUUGUCCCCCCCCCCUGACAUGGAUGUAAUGUAGCCCUAACAUUGUCCCCCCCCCUGACAUGGAUGUAAUGUAGCCCUAACAUUGUCCCCCCCUGACAUGGAUGUAAUGUAGCCCUAACAUUGUCCCCCCCCCCAACAUGGAUGUAAUGUAGCCCUAACAUUGUCCCCCCCUGACAUGGAUGUAAUGUAGCCCUAACAUUGUUCCCCCCAUGACAUGGAUGUAAUGUGACCCUGACAUCAUCUCCCUCCUCCCCCCAGGACUUGGUGAUCCACACGGACUCGGCCAAGGCUCUAGCUGACUCUCUGGACGCGGCCCAGGUGGACGGCUUCCCUUACUUCAACACAUUGCUGCGUAUCCUAGCAACACGAUGCAUGAUGCAGGCUGUGUACUUCUGCUCCGGGAUGGACAGUGACUUCCACCACUAUGGACUGGCCUCUCCCAUCUACACCCACUUCACAUCACCUAUCAGACGGUGAGAACACACACUUUACCUCUCCCUCCUGCAGGUCCACACACCCCCUCUACUCCUUUCUCCUGACUGGUCCACACACCCCCUCUACUCCUUUCUCCUGACUGGUCCACACACCCCCUCUACUCCUUUCUCCUUUCUGGUCCACACACCCCCUCUACUCCUUUCUCCUGUCUGGUCCACACACCCCCUCUACUCCUUUCUCCUGUCUGGUCCACACACCCCCUCUACUCCUUUCUCCUGGCUGGUCCACACACCCCCUCUGCUCCUUUCUCCUGUCUGGUCCACACACCCCCUCUGCUCCUUUCUCCUGUCUGGUCCACACACCCCCUCUACUCCUUUCUCCUGGCUGGUCCACACCCCCUCUACUCCUUUCUCCUGUCUGUUUCUGAUGUUAUUGUAACCUCUACAGAUACUCUGACAUCAUAGUGCAUCGGCUGCUUGCUGUAGCCAUCGGAGCAGACAGCACCUACCCAGACCUGAUGGACAAACACAAGCAGUCUGCCCUCUGCAACAACCUCAACUACAGACACAAGAUGGCCCAGUACGCACAGAGAGCCUCUGUAGCCUUCCACACACAGGUACUGGACUGACCUAACACACUAACCUGUUAGAGCGACUAGCCUUCCACACACAGGUACUGGACUGACCUAACACACUAACCUGUUAGAGCGACUAGCCUUCCACACACAGGUACUGGACUGACCUAACACACUAACCUGUUAGAGCAACUAGCCUUCCGCACACAGGUACUGGACUGACCUAACACACUAACCUGUUAGAGCAACUAGCCUUCCACACACAGGUACUGGACUGACCUAACACACUAACCUGUUAGAGCAACUAGCCUUCCGCACACAGGUACUGGACUGACCUAACACACUAACCUGUUAGAGCAACUAGCCUUCCACACACAGGUACUGGACUGACCUGACACACUAACCUGUUAGAGCGACUAGCCUUCCACACACAGGUACUGGACUGACCUAACACACUAACCUGUUAGAGCAACUAGCCUUCCACACACAGGUACUGGACUGACCUAACACACUAACCUGUUAGAGCGACUAGCCUUCCACACACAGGUACUGGACUGACCUAACACACUAACCUGUUAGAGCAACUAGCCUUCCACACACAGGUACUGGACUGACCUAACACACUAACCUGUUAGAGCGACUAGCCUUCCACACACAGGUACUGGACUGACCUAACACACUAACCUGUUAGAGCGACUAGCCUUCCACACACAGGUACUGGACUGACCUAACACACUAACCUGUUAGAGCAACUAGCCUUCCACACACAGGUACUGGACUGACCUAACACACUAACCUGUUAGAGCAACUAGCCUUCCACACACAGGUACUGGACUGACCUAACACACUAACCUGUUAGAGCGACUAGCCUUCCACACACAGGUACUGGACUGACCUAACACAAACUAUUUAACCAGGAAGUCCCGAUGAAGACGAGAGACCCAUUUUACAAAGGAGACCUGGGUCACAUUCAUUAGCGCACUGUAGCAAAAUGCUUUGCAAAGGAAAUCGAAAACUAGCAUUUCUUACUGGUCAUUUGUGGGUAGUCCCUCCCGGUGUCCGUCAGUUUGAUGAUGAUUGAAUAAGACCAUGGCCUAGAUGGCAGAUGUGCUACUGAGUCUGAGGAGCUUGUGGACUGUAGUGAUAAUGGAUCCUUUCCUCCAGCUGUUCUUCAAGAGCAGAGGCAUCCUGAACGAGGAGGGAUUCAUCCUGUUUGUGAGGAAGAACGCCAUCAUCGUCCUCAUCCCUAAGUUUGGUCUGGAGGGAACAGUGUUCUUCGAGAACAAAGACAAACCCAGCCCCAAACUGAUCUUCAACGAAGAGGUACCCUCGCUGUGUGUCAGAGAGAAAAUGGAAAGGAAUUUUCUUGUGUAUGCCUGAACUGUAACUCUGUGUGUGUGUGUGUGUGUGUGUGUGUGCGCACAGGCUCCUAGUCUGACGGUGGAGGGUCACUCCUUCAACAUGUUUGACAAGGUCAAAGUGACCAUCAGUCUGGACGCGUCCAACGUCCAGCACCAGAAGAUCAGGAUGUCCCUGGUCGAACCUGUGGUAUGUUUGUGUUGUUUUGAACUUACUUUAGGUCCCAGUCAGUUUCAGAGAUCCUGGGGAAUCUAGAUGUCAUACUAUGGUGGUCAUUUCCAUGGAGUUAUGAACUCAAAACUAUGUCCAGGUAACAGGAUGUGUCAGAUGCUGUAAAAUAGCCUUCUAAUGUCAUGUCAAUCACUCAUUUCAGCUACUGGUUGGACAUGUAACUAAUAUUGUUGUUGUGUUCUAGAUCUCUGGAGUGAGUGUUGCGCCGUCUGAGCCCAAACCAGAGGCCAAGAGAGCUAAACUGGACCGCUGACUAACGCCAUCCUCAGAAUGAAACCUUUCUCUUAGCUCAGUUUAGAGUUAUUUUAAAAUGUUUAGCUUUUUUUCUACAUGAAAAGCACAGAACAUCCUGUGGUUAAAUAUGGUUAUGAUUUUAAAACCUUCAGUCAUAGAAACAUUCAGAAAACCUUUUUUCCCCCCUUGACCUAUAGAACGUCAACCUUCCAGAUGAAUGUUAUUGAGAUGACAGUAACCUGUAGAAUGGGGUGAUGUACUGUGCCAUGAUUAUAAUGGAUUUCUAUUCCUGACCCAUGGGGUUUGUAUGGACUAUUCUAGAGGGAGUGUUACCUUGUACAACUCCCAAUAAAUGUCUUGGUUUUAACCAAUGGUCC